GGCUUGUGGACUCAUUAUUGGUGGGAUUGGUGCGGAUUGGCUGGCGGACGGGCUGGUUGGUGGUUUGGUGGCCUGGUGGGGGUGAUCGAUCACGAUGGGGAUGGCUGCAGGCGCAACGAGUUAACGAGUACAAGAACGAAAACGCGGCGCUGCGGGCUCAGGUGAUGCUGCUAGAGGCGCAAGCGUCCGAGGCGAUGGACACGGCGAGGUUGAACAAGCACACGCAGAUGAUCUCUGCCCUCUGCACCCGGCUCAAGGCGUACAAGGAGGCGAACGAUCGGCUGUCGGCGCGGGCCCAGCAGGACGCCGCAGACGCAGAGGCUGCCCAGGCCGCAUGCAUCGUGCUGCAAGAGCAGGUCCGCGACGCCGACGACCGUGCCCGCAAGGCCGAGGAUCGCGCCGCUGCUGCAGAGGCCCGCGCUCUCGCCGCAGGCGCUGACGCCGCAGACGCCCGUGAGGCCGCGACUGCCGCCACCCGUCGCGCCGUCCGCGCAGACGCCCGCGUCGAUGAGCUCGAGGAUGCCCUGCGCAAGGCAAGCAAGCGCGGUGACGCAGAGGCCAACGACGCCACGGCCGCCAAGGAGGCCGUCAUUCGCCUCCAGGCCGAGGUCGCCGAGCUCCAGGCCGAGGUUGCCGCAAAGACGCAGGAGUUUGAGGCGCUUGCCUCGGCCUCGGCCGACCACGAGUCCACCAUCGCCACCCUCUUUGCCGCCAACACGGCCAACAAGAAAAAGGCCGAGGCCCUCACCGCCGAGCUCGACGCCUACCGCACCGAGUUUGAUACCAUCAUGACCACGCUUGGCCAGCUGUAA